AUGCCCGCAGAGCCGCUUUAUCGUUACCAGUCGUCCCUCGAGGGAAUUCUAGAUUUUUUAACCAGACCGCCCCUAAGUGUGGUACAGUAUCAAGCAGCUGCUCGAAAGUUUGCGGAGCUGAUUGAUCAUUUCGACCAAGGCACCAACCAAAAGCCAAGAGAUAAGAGAUAUGAUCGCGUCACACUAGUACGACUGACGUACGAAUACGCUCGUACCGAGGAAUCUAAGGGAAACUUCUUACGUGCAUUUUUCGAGUCGGCUGGAACCCCAGUAGACGAUAAUCUCAAUGCUCAUCCAAUCGACCUUUCCAAUCCCAAUACGGAAGCUGCCCUCCGGGAUUCCAUCCACAACUUCGCUGACUAUCUUUUCGAGAAUUUCUUCCUUCCAUUGAAAGCGUCAGCCCGUAAAACUCCACAGCCAUCACCAGCGUCGCAUUCGGCCGUUCUAAGUAUUCUUCAAGAACCCCAUACGUUUCUCGGCACUCCGGAUCGAGUGGCCGCUCUUCGAGGUGCCUGUCUUAUUCGUGAUCACCAUCGCUGCGUCAUAACCCGUCUCUUUGAUUGUGAAGAGGCAGAGAAACGGAUAAAUAGUUCCAGACUGCAAGGCAUAGUGGCGCUAGACGACGAGGGAAAUCCUUUCACCCCUGGAAACAAAUACGAUCUUCUUCAAGUCGCACAUAUUCUACCACAUUCUUUAACCCAACUGAGUGCUAAUAAUGACUUGAACAAUUCGAAGGCGGCCGCCCUGGCGAUCCUUAAUAUGUUUGACCAUGGCGCUGCGCACCUCAUCGAGGGAACUGAUAUUGACCGCCCUGGAAACGCCAUUACUGUUACAAUUUUUAUGCGCCAGUGGUUUGGUAACUUUAAAGUAUUUUUUGAACCUGUGGAACAACAGGCACAUACAUACCGUAUCGACACCUUUUCUCCUAUGAUCUUGGGUGACGUGUUGCCUGUUACGCGAACCCUCUACCUUACUGAAUCAAGAACGAUUGAUCCUCCCUCUCCUCGUUUACUGGCGAUCCACAAGGCUAUCGCGCAUAUCUUACAUCUGUCGGCUGCUGGAGCAUAUAUUGAUAAAAUUCUUCGUGAUCUUGAGGAUCAGUCUGUGAGAGAGGAUGGGUCAAGCGAGUUGGAUUUGUUGGUGAAGCUCAAGCUUCAAUUGCAGGGGUGGCCAGCUGGACAGGCAGCUGAAGGGCGUUCUUAA